AUGGAUUCGUUGAAUCUGAGCGGCGCGGAAUCGUUCUCCGUGGUUCACAUCAACUCCUCCCUGGACACGGGAUACUCCCUAGCAGCGAUCGCCGGCAUUGCUGCCCUGGUGAGUUUCCUCAUCCUCUUCACCGUGGUCGGGAACAUACUGGUGGUCAUCGCCGUGCUGACCAGCCGCGCACUCAAAGCUCCCCAGAACCUUUUUCUGGUGUCGCUAGCCACCGCCGACAUUCUAGUCGCCACGCUGGUCAUGCCCUUCUCCCUGGCCAACGAACUCAUGGGCUACUGGUAUUUUGGAAAAGUUUGGUGCGGCAUUUACCUGGCGCUGGACGUGCUGUUCUGCACCUCGUCUAUCGUUCACCUGUGCGCUAUCAGCCUGGACAGGUACUGGUCCGUCACGCAGGCGGUCGAGUACAACCUCAAGCGCACGCCCAAGCGCGUCAAGUGUAUCAUUCUGAUCGUGUGGCUGAUAUCCGCGUGCAUCUCGUCCCCGCCCCUCGUGCUGAUCGACGGCCACAAUGACCUCAUCGUCGGCUCCCCGCAGCCCCAGUGCGCGCUCAACGACGACACGUGGUACAUCCUGUCCUCCAGCGUGGCUUCCUUCUUCGCGCCGUGCGUGAUCAUGGUGCUCGUGUACGUGCGCAUCUAUCAGGUGGCCAAGACGCGCACGCGGAACAUGUCCGUGAAGAAGCCCCGGUCCGACGUCACAACCACGCAGCAGACGGAGAACGGCCUGAGCAAGGCGACGUCGCCGUACCGCGGAGAGCGCGAGAACGGCCGCUGCCAGUGUCCCCCUCCCCCUACCCAGACCCAAACCGGGACCCAGACCCAGACCCCGACCCAAACCCGGACCCGUACAGAUGAGGUUGAAAUGGACGAGAGCUCCUCAUCGGAUGAGGGGGUCAAAGGUCAUCACAAAAAGCCUCAUAGCCGCGACGUCAAGACUGCCGGUGCUAACGGUGGCGGUGGCGGUGGUGCCGAGGUCAAAGCCGCGCUGGCGAGCCGCAAGAGCAGCUCCCUGUCCCUCAAACACCCCCUCUCCCGCGCCGGCAACAAGUCCGUGGAGAUCUUCCAGGCGUCCCGGCGGCAGCGGCGGCGGGGGGGCCAGCGGCGCCGGAGCUCGGUGUCCGGGAAGAAGGCCUACCAGGCGCGGGAGAAGAGGUUCACCUUCGUCCUGGCCGUGGUCAUGGGCGUGUUUGUGCUGUGCUGGUUCCCCUUCUUCUUCAGCUACAGCCUGUACGGCGUGUGCCGCGAGGCCUGCCGCAUCCCCGAGCCGCUCUUCAAGUUCUUCUUCUGGAUCGGCUACUGCAACAGCUCGCUGAACCCCGCCAUCUACACCAUCUUCAACCAGGACUUCCGCCAGGCCUUCCAGAAGAUCCUGUGCCGCACGUGGAAGAGGUCGUUCUAG